UGCUAGUAACAACCAAGAAAAAUGGAUAAAAGAUGGAGUCUUCAAGGAAUGACUGCUCUUGUAACUGGUGCAGCCAGCGGAAUCGGUUAUGCCAUAGUAGAGGAGUUAGCUGGUUUUGGAGCUAGAAUCCAUAUAUGUGACAUCUCUGAAACUCUCCUUAAUCAAAGUUUGAGUGAAUGGGAAAAGAAAGGGUUUCAAGUGAGUGGCUCAGUCUGUGAUGUAACUUCUCGUCCCGAUAGAGAAAAACUGAUGCAAACCGUUUCCUCGCUGUUUGAUGGCAAACUCAACAUUCUAGUAAACAAUGUUGGUGUACUUCGCGGGAAGCCAACAACGGAAUACGUGGCAGAUGAUUUCUCUUUUCACAUCUCAACAAAUUUGGAAGCUGCUUUCCAUUUUAGCCAGCUUUCACAUCCUCUCUUAAAGGCUUCAGGAUUUGGAAGCAUCGUCUUUAUGUCCUCUGUCACAGGGAUUGUAUCAGUUGAAUGUGGAUCCAUUUAUGGUCUAACAAAAGGAGCUUUGAAUCAGUUAACUAAAAAUUUAGCAUGUGAAUGGGCAAAAGAUGGCAUAAGAGCCAAUGCUGUUGCACCUAAUGUUGUCAAGACUCCUCUGUCUCAAUCUUAUCUUGACGACGUCGGUUUCAAGGAGGCAUUAUUUAGUAGAACUCCACUUGGUCGCGCUGGAGAGCCGAAUGAAGUUGCAUCACUAGUGGUCUUCUUGUGUCUACCUGCAGCUUCUUAUAUUACAGGUCAAACCAUUUGUAUUGAUGGUGGUUUCACUGUUAAUGGCUUCUCCUAUCAGCCACAGGCUUAAGAAUGGCCUGGCCUUGUUGCCGUUUUGUCAAAAUAUCUUAAACUCUUUAAUGACCUUGUAACUUAUGCAAAACUCUGCUCAAUAAGAUUUUGUGCGAAUU